AUGGCGAGAAGAGUUUCAUCCGCCGAUGAUGGAUUUAAUCCAAUCGGACGACGACACAGAGGAAAAGUUUCAUCAACGUCCGCGAGAACGGCGACGACGACGACGGCGAAAAGAGCAGAAAAAGAAGAAGAAAACGAACAACAAUAUCAAAUGAGUCAAAAGCGAGUGCUCAUUACCGGGUCCACGAAAGGUUUAGGCUACGAACUCGCCAACCAAUUUUUACAGGAAGGCGAUCGAGUGUGCGUGACUUCUCGUUCAGAGGCGAAUGUGAACGAUGUAGUCCUCGAGUUGCGCGCGAGAUACGGCAUGGAAAACGUGUGCGGGAUCGCGUGCGACGUGUGCGAUCACGAACAAGUAUCAGAACUCUCGAGAUAUUGCGUAGAAAACUUUGGUGGGAUUGAUUUUUGGAUCAACAACGCCGGGACGAACGGGUACGAGUACAACGAUAUCAUCGAUCAGGAUCCGAGCACGAUCGAAGAGGUGGUGAAGACGAACGCGCUUGGGACGUUGCUGUGUUGUCGAGAAGCGAUGAGAACGAUGGCGGCACAGAAGGAUGAGAAUAUUAUUGGAUAUCACAUAUUUAACAUGGAAGGAGCGGGAUCGGAUGGGAUGGAAACGAGAAAAUACGCCGCGUAUGGAUUCACCAAAGCCGGAUUGAGCCAACUGACGAAAACGUUAAACAAAGAGAUGAGUUCGAACGAAAAGAUGAAAGAUAAAAUGAUUAAAGUGCACACGGUCAGUCCAGGGAUGGUGUUUACGGAUUUAAUUUCCAGUGGGAGGUACGCGUUUGGCAAGCAAGGACGAAUGUUCGUCAACGCGUUGGCAGAACCGGCCGAUGUGGCCGCUUCCGGGGUGGUGAGGAAGAUCAAAACUGAGCUCGGGAAUUCGCGAGGGAAGAAAUCGUUGGCGAUUAAACUGUUGACGCCGGAUGUCGCGGUGGUGAAAUUAUUCAAUCGAUUCGUCAAGCAAAUUGGCAAAGAUAGGUACUAUCCCGAAGAAGACGACGAGUGCGAAGACGUGCGGACGGAAUGCAUCGUCCCCGGUGAGUCCGUGCAGAGCACGAUAGUGCCCGAGGCACAAAUGAAAUUAGACGACGACGUGCACGAAGAGAUUAAAGAGGUUGAAGUCUCGAAAGAAGAAGUUCAAGAGAACUUGAGCCGAUAG